ACUCGGGGAAUCCAACAGAAGAGGAAGAAGCUGUCAAACAAACAUGGCAGAGCAGGGAAACGAUGAAGCUUCACCGAAAUCUUCUGAAAAUGAAACCUCUGAAAGUGCUGAAUCUCAGCAUGGACGGGACCUUAGGAGUGUUUUGGUCACCAGUGUCUUAAACCUGGAAAAACUCGACGUGGACCUUUACAGGUAGUUCACUUUACCCUACAUAAUAGUCAGCAGCUCGAACCUGAAUAAGUUCAUGUGCAUCCGAAGAGAUGAACAGUGUUAUUCCCUUUACCUGUCAGCACUCAUAACACUAAACAUAUGGUUUAUUGGUGUAAAGUCAAAUAAUACUUGUGCUAUGUCCACCUAAAUUUCAAGGUGCAAAAUGGCAUGUAGUAGGCUAUAUGUCACACAGUCCCAUUGUCAUUCAUUUAAUAAAACCAUGAAACCUUAUAAGCUUGUGUAGUCUACAUCCCUCUGCAUCAGCUCAGGUUUUUGAAGCUUUUGAUUUGAAAAAGAAGAUAUAGUUUUAUGAUUUAGCAUUGUCAUUUACCAAAAGAGUAUCUAUCUAUCUAUCUAUCUAUCUAUCUAUCUAUCUAUCUAUCUAUCUAUCUAUCUAUCUAUCUAUCUAUCUAUCUAUCGUAUGGUAACUGAAUCAAAAUACAAUAAGGCACUUAAAUACAUUAAUUUGUCACCCUCCUCACCUCAGCGCCAUGUAAGUUUGGUAAAGAUAGUACAUGUUGUAUACAUGUUUUUUUCUGCAGAGGGACACAUCACUGGGUGCCACGCAGUCAGCGUCUGUUUGGGGGUCAGAUAGUCGGCCAGGCCCUUGUAGCUGCUGCCAAAUCUGUGAGCGAUAAUCUCUUUGCACAUUCUCUGCAUUGCUACUUUGUACGGGCAGGUAAGUUGAUUUAUAACUAUGAGUGAGAGGCUAGGGAAAGUACAACCCAUCUGAGUUUAUGAAAAAACGGUCUCAAAUGAACCAUGAUAGCAUGAAGGCCAGAACAGUAGAAGUCAUACUUUAUCAUCAAAAAAAAUGAUAUUAAAUGAAUGAUAAUAAUAAUAAAAAUGAUAUAAAAACUUUAAAGCAAGCAUUGAAUUGAAAAACACUCAUUUAGUACUUUUUUAAUAAUCAGUGGAAUUCACAGGCUGCUUAGUCACCCUAGGUCUCAGUAAUUUUCUUUCUCCUGCUGUGUUUUGGGUGUUUUUUUUUCAGGGGACCCGAAGGUGCCUGUACUGUACCAGGUGGAACGCACAAGAGAUGGUCGCAGUUUCACUGUACGUUCUGUGAAAGCCAUCCAGCAUGGACAGCCUAUACUCAUCUGCCAAGCAUCCUUUCACAUGCUGCAACCGAGCCCCCUGCAACACCAGUUUACCAUGCCGACAGUGCCCCCACCUGAAGACCUGCUGACUAUAGAGGAAAUCAUUCACCUGUAUCUCAGGUCUGCUUAAGUACCACGCUGUUAGUCUCGUAAUCUCUGCUUGUGUGUAGAGAUUUUGAAUAUUGAAACAUGGACAUUUUGAUUAGGUCUGAUACCAUCUGACUCUUCAAAUCUCUUUCCUUUGUGUCAAUACAUUUGGCAAAUAAGGAAACAUCUGUAGUCACAGUCAAGUGCUACAACAUUGUUAUAGGCCUCGAGAUGGUUACCUCAUCUCUAUCCUGAUCUGCUCUUUCUUCUGUUGCUUCACAGUAAACCAGACCUGGCAGAAAAUGCAAAACAGGGCCUCAACAAACUACUGGCUAAUGAGGUUCCUAUUGAAAUAAAGCCAGUCAAUCCACCCCACUUCUACAGACUUGCUGCAGCCGAGCCUAAGAAGUUGUUCUGGGUGCGAGCACGAGGACAUAUAGGUAAAAUACAUUAAAUGCACACUUGGAUUGUGUUUGCACCAUAUAUGUUGACUAUAAUAUACAAGUACACCCGAGCAUGUUAUUUUGUAUAUAUAGAUAAUAGACAAUAUUUGCGAGUAGCUUUAUUUACAAUUAUAUACAGUAUAAAAAUCCUGCAUUUAAGUUGGUACCUGAGCAUUAUUAGCAUAUGUCUUUACUAUGUGUCUGCAGGUGAAGGCAACAUGAAGCUGCAUUGUUGUGUUGCUGCCUAUGUGUCAGACUUUGCUUUCCUGGGCACUGCACUGCUGCCUUAUCCAAACUACAGGGCCAAGUUCUCCGCUUCCCUGGACCAUGCCAUGUGGUUCCACAGCACUUUCCGCAGUGAUGAAUGGAUGUUGUAUGAGUGUGAGAGCCCAUGGGCAGGUUAGUAUGUGGUUCACUUUUCAUCCCCUACGUCCUAUUUGUUCAGUCUGUCUCAGCACCAGAGGAAGAUGUGUUUCAACUCAGGACUUUAAAGCUCAAUAACUGUAAACACUUAAUGAUCAAAUCCUGAAGAAAACUAUGAAGUUAGAUUCUGUGUGUGUCUACACUCUUCACUGUUUUAAAUAAACUCAAGGUAAUACUGAGGUCCAGGAAGAACUAAAGUUUACCUAUUUUUAUUUUCUUUUGACACAAGACAGUAAGAAGCAUCCAGUUGUUACAUGAUGAGCUGGGAGUCAGUAAAUUUGCUGCUGUGAUAGAAACAAUCUAGAGCAAUGUUAUUUCUGUUAUCUUGCACCCUCUCAAUUUUCAACCAUUUUAAUACCAUUUUAAAACUGAAAAAAAGUGGUCAUUUUAUAGUCACAUUAAUCAAAGUCUGACAAUCAUUCACAGCAGCGUGUUAAAAACAGUUCACCUUAACUUGGCUUAGUUACAAUUUAUUCUAACAAUUUAUUAUUCACAAUUUAUUAUUACAAUUCUUCUAUAAAUAGUCGAUGACUUUUUGAGACAGGACAAAUGAGACUACAGACAAUUGAAUUUCCCUUCAGGGAUAAAUAAAGUUAUCAUUAUUCUUAAUCUUAUUGUCUAAGAGGAUGCCACAGUCCACAAAGAUUUCACAAGUGGACAAUCUUCCUGCUCACUCUACGUUUGCAUAUGCUUUGCAAGGAAAUGUACAGACAGACAAGAUGAGGUACGCUUUUUCUGUAACGGACUGCAGGCUUCUCUUCUUUAUAUCCAGAAAGAUAUGUAAUAUAUAUAUAUCAAUUGAUUCAAUUGAUCACCGAGGCUCUACAUGAUAAGGAUCAUCUUUAGUGGCCUGUCAGCACAAUUAAAAACAUCUGUUCAGUUCUCUCAUCAUUUUGUGAAGGAUUGACCAAAAACCUAAAUUCUUUUUUAGGCUGGUGUUCUUGAAGAAAUUUGGGGGUUGUGUCCUGUUAAAUAUUUCACUCUAGAGAGCUGCUUUAAAAAUAUAUAUUUUCAAAAAUAACAGUAUUGCCGGCUGGGGAAUCAGAAAAUUUUAUCAGGACCCUUUUUACUGAAGCAGAGAGUUUAUUUAAACACGCAGCAGUUGUUGUUAGUUUUGGUCUUUGGCCAUGUUGCAGACCAGCUGUUUGAUUCGGUCCCCUAGAGAGUUUGGAUAAAUCCCCUUAGCAGCGCUGAAAAUCUUUGUACUUAUGCAAGAGUAAAAGGAAUCCUAGUGGAAAUAAAAGCAAGGUCUUUCUGGGUCUUUGCUACGCUGCAGCAAUGAGUCAUUCAGUUUCCUUUAUUGAGUUCAAAACAUGCAAUUUCAGACAAGUUUUUUUUGUUUUUUUUUAAUAAAGUAUUUUAUGAAGCAGUUUUUCACUCAGCUUGUUGCACUAUGUUGGUUUUUAGGGAGGCCUUGUUUGGUUUAUUUUGUUUUUUUUAUACUCAGCCUGCAUUGGACCACUUACAGAACAAGGAUAGAGAAAAGGGAUACAGAAAUAAGCAGAAUCACAGAGCAAUUAUAAAAAUAGAAAUUUAAGAAGGUUUACAUAUUUUUGGUCUCAGCCUUAAUGGAAUUGUUUAAAAUGUACUUGUUUAGUGACUUAUGCUGCCUCUGUGUUUUCCAAUUAACAACACAACUCUGCACAUUUGGGGGUUUUGUGUUUAUCCUGUCUAGUACCUGUGACUCUCAUCACUAUUCCCACAAUAAUGAUCCUUUCAAAAGUUUUAACAAAACUAACAUUCCUUUGCUUUAAUGUGGCCUGUGAUUUUUCCCAAUAGGGGGCAGCAGAGGGCUGGUUCAGGGCCGUCUUUGGAGAAGAGAUGGGGUACUGGCUGCCUCUUGUUCCCAGGAGGGUGUCCUGAGAGUGAAACCAGUCACAGAGCCCAGCAAACUUUAAACACAACUGUUAUAUUUUAUGUAAUUUAUUUUUAAAGAUGUCUAUUUUAACCCUGGUUGAGGCACAAGAUUGACCAUUUAAAGAUGAAUUUAUGAUUGUUUAACAAUAUUAUGAAACUUCUGACGCAUUCCGUGUGAAUAAAUAUUGAAAAAACACAAA